AUGGGAUUCCUUGAUAAUGUUAAAGCUUUUGUUCACUCCAUUACCACCAAUGAUCAUUACGCUUCUUAUGAUUCCCCUUACAGGACACAAAUUAAUGAUGAUGACGCUCUAACUGGUCCUUCAGUUGGUGCACAUCCCAAUGGUUCAUCAAUGAACUUAAAUGCAGAUAUGAAUGUAUCAAGGCUGUCAUUAAAUGAUUCUACAGCUGGUGGUUUCUACAGGCCGGGCUUACGAUCUUCACAAAGUCAAUUAGGUCAAGAUGUUCAGCUUCAAAAUUUUGAUGCCAAUGGAUUACCUCCCUUGCCAUCAAUAGACUCAUUAUGGGAUCGUAUUGAACACUGGAUUGAUGAAGAAUACCCGGAAUUGGAUGAUAAUUUGAACGAUGGUGUUACUUCGGCUGAUUUAAAUGAGUUUUUACAAGAUUUGAGAUGUGGUUCAAGAAGUCUACCUGAGGACUUUAGACAAUUUUAUAAAAGACAUGAUGGGCAAUUAAGAGGUGGGAAACCAACUGGAUUAAUUAUGGGAUUAGUAUUAUUGGAUUUGGAAAGUAUUGUAGAGGAAAAUAUCUUAUGGAAUAAAGUUGCCGAAAGAUUAGAAAGACAACAAUAUAUGGCACAACAUCAACAAAAACAAAAUGAGUUAAAAGAAGGAAAUCUGCUGCAACUUCAGAGACAAGGGAGUACAUUUAUCACAAAUCAAAGAUCUAUUCCGCCCAAUUCGAUCCAGCCAUACUAUUACAAUAAAGGAUGGGUAAUAUUGCUUAAAGACAACAUUGGAAAUCAAGUUGCAAUGGAUUUGAAUCCUGGUCCAAAUGGUACAUGGGGUCAAAUUAUUUUAUUCGGACGUGAUUUUGAUACGAAAUUGGUUAUCGCUCAUAGUUUACAAGAGUUUAUUUUUGAAUUCACCACUGAUUUAGAAUCGGGUAAUUUCUUGAUUGAUUCGAGUGAGUAUCAAGAAGAAUUGGGAUUUUUAUCAUCAGAUAGAGAUGGUGAUUUCAUGAUUGGAGAUGAAGAUGAAAAUCAAGGCGAAUUAAGUUUUUUUGAUAGAGAUGGUAAAGAAUUUGGUAAAGAUGGUUCAAGGGGAAGACCAAGUUAUAUUGAAGUGUUGAAAAAGAGGACAUUGAAAAAGUAUGGGUUGACUGAAAAUUUCCAAACAGCUUACCAACCACCAAAACCAGUUAAAAAAAUUCAUGAGUCAGGUAGAAGCAGUCCGUAUUUAAAUCAAUCUAGAAGUGGUUCAAACGUAAACUUGAAAACGCCAUUUUCCAAAAAUAAUUCUUCGACUAGUUUAAGUGCUGCUCAAGGAAAGAAUAAACCUGCUGUAUCUAGCCCGUUGGUUAAUCUUGAUAACAAUUCAAGCUCAUUCACUAUACCAAAAGAAACAAUCAUUGACGGCAAAUUGAAACCAGAACCAUCAAAGACUGAAUCUGCUGUAAAAGAGGAAUCAAAGAAUGAAAAGCCUUUGGAAAAUGAUUUUCAAGAGUUGAGUAUUGAUGAGAAGAAUCGGAAACCGAACAAUGACGCUGAGUUGAAACCGGAAGACGAAACUGUCGUAGCUUCAGUAUUGGAAGAAUCAAAAUCUGAAUUGGACAGCAAUAAAGCGCAACAAGCGGGGGAGAAAGAAGACGCAGUUGACAAAGUAACCGAACCCGAAAUUUCAACAAAAGCUGAUCUUGUCGAUAAUGGUGAAGAUGCCAACGAUGAUGAUAAUGAUGAUAAUGAUGAUGAUGAUGAUGAUGAUGAUGAUGGAGACUAUGGUGAAGAAGAAAAAGCGGAGCAAAUUGAAGGUGACGCCAAGGAGGACACUAAAGAUGAAACAGAAACUGAAGCUAAGCCAUUGUCAAAAUCGCAGAAAAAGAGACAAAAGAAGAAGGGUAGGAAAUAG